AUGGCUCUCUCACUCUUGAUCGCAAUAAUCGUAUCGAUUUUGGCAUGGUCCCAUUUCCGCCGCCGCCACCAGAACCUCCCGCCGGGGCCAUACCCGUUUCCGAUCAUCGGAAACAUCCUCCAACUCGGCCGUAAUCCCCACAAGUCCCUCUCCGACCUCUCCAAAACCUACGGCCCUCUGAUGUCUCUCAAGCUCGGAAGCAUCCACACCGUCGUCGUAUCAUCCCCGGAUUUCGCCAGACUGGUGCUGCAAGAGCACGACCAAGCCUUCUCCGGCCGCACCAUCCCUGCCGCCGCCGAAGCCCAUGGCUUCGACAAGGUUUCAGUCGGGCUCAUACCCGUCGGAGAGAGGUGGAGAAAACUAAGGAGACUGUGCAAAGAGCAGAUGUUCUCGGCGCGGCGCCUCGACGGCGGCGCGGGCAACCGGCGCGAGAAGGUUUCGAGGCUGGUGGAUUACUUGCGCGAGUGCAGCGCGAGGGGGCGAGCCGUGGACUUGGGGCAGGCGGCGUUUGUGACGUCGUUUAAUCUUCUCAGCGCUACAUUUUUCUCGGUGGAUUUGAUUGAGUUUGGAUCCGAUGCGACGCAGCAGCUGAAGGAGACGAUCCAGGGCGUGACGAAGACUUUGGGGACUCCGAAUGUUGCCGACUUUUUUCCGAUUCUGAAGCGGUUGGAUCCGCAGGGGAUCAAGAAGCGGUCGGAGUUUUACUUUGGGAGAUUGCUUGGUGUUUUGGGAGGGAUAAUUGAUGAGAGGAUGGAAUCAAGAUCUAUGGAGACGAAGAAUGAUUUGCUGGCUGCGCUUCUUGAUCUCAUGGACGGAUCUGACUAUGACUUGACCUGCAAGGACAUUCAACAUUUGUUUCUGGACUUAUUUGUGGGAGGAUCAGACUCGACUCAAUGCACAGUUGAAUGGGCAAUGACAGAAUUGUUAGCUAAUCCGGAGAAAAUGAGUAAUGCAAAGAAUGAGCUUAGAAGUGUGAUAGGAGAAAAGAAUCAAAUUGAAGAAUCGGACAUAUCAAGGCUCCCAUACUUGCAAGCACUAAUCAAAGAGACCUUACGACUCCACACUCCCGGUCCAUUUCUUGUUCCUCGACGGGCGGUUCGUGAUGUCGAGAUUGGAGGUUACAUAAUCCCCCAACACUCCCAAAUAUUCGUCAAUGCUUGGGCUAUAGGCAGAGAUUCGAGCGUCUGGCCCUACCCUACUUCGUUCGAGCCUGAAAGAUUCUUAAACAACAAUAUAGGGUUCAAGGGCCAAAAUUUUGAACUUAUUCCAUUUGGGUCGGGGAGAAGAAUGUGCCCGGGGUUGCCUCUAGCUGAUAGAAUGUUGUUUCUGAUGUUGGGCUCUAUGCUUCACAAUUUUGAAUGGGAAAUGGAAGGAGGGGUGAGACCUGACACCACCGAGGAAUUCGGAAUGGCAUUGCACAAGGCGGUUCCUCUCAAGGCCAUUCCACUUAGUUGUUUCUGAAAUUUGGACUUCUUUUUUUACUUGAAAAUUGGAUGAGAUAUUGUGCGUUGUAUCUUUAUCCCUACUUUAAUAAAAUAUGGUUUGGUACAUGGUUGUAA